AUGAAAAGUAAUAGAGAUCAAAAAGAAAUUAAUUAUAACAAUCUUGAUAAUAUUACCGGUACUGAUAGUAUGUCAGGUAAUAUUGAUUUCGAAAACAUAAAGGGUGCUAAUGUUGGAAAUAUGAAAAUAGACACUGAUAUUGAAAAUAUGCGAAUGAAUUCUGAAAUACUACAUAUUCAAAUAAGCCAUAACAUUAAUGAGAAAGGUGAUACAGUUAACUCUGGAUAUAAUGAACCUUUUUAUAAUGAACUUUGGAUAUAA